CUCACACGCGCACUUCGAUGGGAGCAAAAACCACACACAGCACAAUGCACCUGUUCAGAAAACACUGGUGCAAAAUCGGAAAUAACAAACCAUAAGGUGUAUUCGCAGAGACUGUGCUUUUUUAGAGCUGGGGAGGAAACAAAACCACACAGCGCUUUGUGCAGAGGACUAUUAAUACAUUGGAACCAGCAAAGGAGACACGCAGUUAAUCCCAAUCAAGCAGGCGAGCAAGACACCAACAUCUCUGCUUGGGUUACAAGUGCUCCCAUCAUGUCUAAGUCAGGGGUAAUAGAAAAUGACCCUGGAAGCCCCACACAGUAUUCUGGUGAAUCGUCAGACACAUAUUUUUAUGUGGACCGCUGGCAAAAACUCCGAACUGCUGUCAGGAAGCUAGAAUUCUGGGAAAACUUUCAUUCCGAACUGAUAGGGAGCGGUUUCUGUUCUAAUGUGUACAAGAUAACCCACAAAACAAGCCAUAAAGUCAUGGUGGUCAAAGUGUACAAGCUUGAAGUUGACCAGCAUGUCGUAGUACGAGAGAUCAGCCUUCUCCAGAAACUCUCACAUCCUAACAUAGUCAGAUAUCUGGGAGUGUGCGUGAAAGAAGAUAAACUGUACCCAUUCCUCGAGUACAUUAAUGGUGGGAACCUGGAGGAGCUGUUGGCCAAUAAGGAGAUUAGCUUAUCUUGGAAAGAGAAACUGGUUUUGGCAUCAGACAUUGUCCGAGGCAUGGUCUAUCUACACUCAAAGAAUAUCUAUCACAGAGACCUCAACUCCAAGAAUUGCCUGAUCAGGAUAACGCAGCGUGGGAGGGAGGCAUUGGUUGCGGACUUUGGUCUGGCAAGAGAAGUGGUGGAGCUGCCCGUGAAGGACCCCGAACGUAAGCUGUCCUUGGUGGGUUCAGCCUUCUGGAUGGCACCUGAGAUGUUGCGUGGGGAACCUUACGACAGAAAGGUUGAUGUGUUUUCCGCUGGUAUAGUAUUGUGUGAAAUACUUGGCAGAAUUUCUGCGGACCCUGAAAUUCUACCGAGAACACAGGAUUAUGGACUGGAUGCUGAGGCGUUCAAGGAAAUGGUGGUUGGUUGUCCUAACCGUGUCCUAGAAUUAGCAGUUAAAUGCUGCCGGAUUGACGCCUUCAAGAGGCCAUCUUUUGCUGAGCUACUGGAGGAACUUGAAGAGAUAGCUGAAAGCCUGGAGCCAAAUAAAGGCAACCAGAUCCCUGUGGCAUGAAUCUCCCGGUGCUGUCUGUACACUGCUAUCAGAUUGGAUAUCAACAAUAACAAUUCUGCAUAAGAGAGGCAAUCUGGAUACUGUGUGGAACUAGGGAAGAGUAACACCUCUUAGAAAAAGUUGAUUUGGUCCCGACAAAGAAAGCAACUCAAAAUGAUCUCAUCAAGUGGUGAUCAAAUAGACCACUUCUGAAGUGUCCAUCGCUGACGGAUUGAUUGACUGAAUCCCAAGUAAAAAUGACAUCGGUCACUGACAGGUUGACAUUCUGGUUUGCCAAGCAGAUACAGUGCAUGUUUUCAGCCAAGAUAACAACAACAAAUUACAUUUGUAUAGCGCCUUUCAUGUCAGGCGGACAUCACAAAGCCUUCGUGUUCGAUGGAUGAAAAAGUCCACAUUAUCAAUUGCUGCCAUCAGAGGUGCAGUUUUCAUAAGGCGCAGUUUAUAAUUAGAGAGGUGAUGAGAAUUUACUGUUUAAUCUUUUUAUCAAUGGGCUCUGAUCCCCCCCCUUCAUUCAUAUCUGUUGUUUUUAUCGAUCACAAACCACCCUUUUGAUCGAUUUCCUACAAAUUGCUAAAUGAUGAGAUGACCUGGCUGAACCGAGACAUAAACCUGGGCUUAGGUUUCCCGAGAGAACUCUGUUAAAUCAUUCUUUUUUUUACAUGUUCAAAGGAAGAUGUAUAAAUUAUGAAACAAACAUAAACAUUCGCAAAGUGUUUUGCCUGCCAGCUGCUUUGAAGCACUGACAUUAAGGAUGUAACAACUUACUUGGGGGUUGUUAAUGGCAUGAACCUUCAGAGCAUUGUGGUUCUGUGUGUGACGCAAGCACACGUCAUUCCAUUAGAGCAUUUGAUUCAUUGGGGCCAAGGUUGCGUUGUUCCUUCAAGGAUUUCUUAAUAAGCACUGGACCGUUUUGUAAUAGAAACAGGAGGAGGCCAUUCAGCCCCUCAAGCCUGUUCCACCACUCUACAAGAUCGCAGCUGAUCUGUACCUCAAGUUCAAUUACCCGCCCUUGCCCCGUAUCCCUGAAUACCCUAACCUGACAAGUGUCUAUCCGCCUCAGUCUUGAGUAGGUUGCCGUGACGUAUUUCUGGUGAGCAGAAGGAAUCCUCAUUUUGUUUGACUUGUUACUUUUUUGCCAACAAAAUAUAUAGUCAGUUCACUUCACAGUAUAUUCAGUGAAGCUCCUUGGAGAUGUCUCAACGGCAUGAUGAGGUGCUACACCGAACGCAAGGAUUAAUUGGUAUUAACAGGCUACUGUUUAGAACCACAACAAUAAAUUACAUUUGUGUAGCGCCUUUCACAUCAGAAGGAUGUCUCCGUUAAGCUUUAAGCGCUCCAAGACGCUUUUGUUGUUAUAUUAUGAAAUCCCAGUAAGAAAUACAGCAAACUAGAGCCCUCUGUGCCUUGCUCCAAGAUGACUUGUCAAUCUGGCUGCAUAUUUUAUUGCUUGCUCACAGUUACUUUAUGUUUGCAGCAGCUUUAUAUCCAUGUGAAAGAAUCACCCUGAAUCAUUGUAUAUAAUGUACUAUAACUACAUUGUACCUAUGGUGUAUAUAUUGUGGAUUCUUACAAACUAAUACAUGUGAUUUCCACUGUAACUGCUGAUUUAUAGAUGGUGCUAAACUAUGAAUAACUGCAUUCAGAACUGAACACACACACGUGGCUGAUUUUAUUGCCUUGCAUCUAACUUUUACACAAUCCAUAACAAGCUAGUUUCAGCUUAGACCUUAUAAAUGUUUAACUAAUGAAAAUUAUGGUAAAUUGUCAAUCACUUGAUCUUUGCUUGACCGCUUUAAUCCUCUUUUUGUUAAUCCAAACACCGUAUAGUUCAAAGACAAUAAAGUUCAACGGUA